CAUACCUAAAUAUCUUCAGGGAAAAUCAAGGAUGUUGGAAGUUUCACUGGGUCUCUUUUGUUCUAUAAUAUACAUGUCAUUUAGUGCUGUAUUAUUUAUUUAUAUAACGAAAAGUAUUUUUAUACCACCAUUUGAUAGUUUUGAGUCUUUAGUGACUAAAACUAAAUACAAUGUCAUCAGUCUGAAAGGUUCAACUGGGAGUAUUGCAUUUAAGGUACUUAAGGCAGAACCAUUAAUAGAAGCAAGAAGAACAAAACGCUUGAUCAUAACAUCAAAAAUUGAAGAUAUGCAUAAAAUGGCAUGUUUUGAGAAAAAAAAGAAAUAUGCUAUAUACCAAGGUGAAGAUGCGGACAAAGUAACAGGACACAUUAUGUGUCAUUUAGAUAAGAUUGGGGAACCUUAUGCUAAAGCAUGGGUAACUUCUGGCAUAGUGAAGAAUUUUAAAUAUAAAAGAGCCAUCGAUCUUGGGAUACUUAAAUUGAUGGAAGUUGGAUUGUUAAAUAUUUUAAAAGAUCGUUGGUUGGAACAAAAUAUUGAAGAAAAUCAUCAGAACAAUGGCGAAAUACGAUCAAUUGAAAUACAACAAGUGUCUUUAGUUAUUGCAGUGAUAUGCUGUGGAGCAAUUACUGCUCUCAUCAUUCUCAUAAUCGAAAAUAUCGUAUUUGUUUAUAAAUUAAAACAAUUGUGAUUAUUUUUAUUUAUACCUUAUCGCAAAUAUAUU